AUGAAAUAUAUUAAGAAACUUAUCUUAACUUUUGAGAAUGAGAUUUUAGAAUAGCAAUAUUAAUUAGAAAAAACUAGCUAAAUCUAACAACCCGUUUUUAUUUUUAUAAUUGUGCUGUCAUUUAUUUCAAACUUAGUUGUAAUUGGAUUUCAUUUUUUUAAUCAUGAGAUUGAGACCUGGUAUUUAAACGUUGCGUUUAGCAUUUUAUUAAUUUCUUUAUUCAUCUUUAUUGUUAUAAUGAAAAAAAAUUAAUAUUUACAAGAGGCUCUUACGAUAGCUAAUAUAACUUUAGGUUUUUUAGAAUUUAAUGUUGAUCCAGCAUCAACUAGCCAUUUAGAAUUCUAUUCUUAUGGAAAUACUUUUAUGUAACUGUAGGCAGUAUUAUAUAUUGUCUCUAAUUUCGGUCAUGCUUUCAUUUAAGUUUUAACUCAUUUUAUUUUACGUAUUACGAUUACAACAAUUAAUACAUAAAGGGCUGAUUAUCUUUUAAUUUUUAUUGGUAUAACAAGUGGUUUUAUUAUAUUGGUUACAAUAUAUUUUAAGGAAAAAAAUUCUAGAAAGUAUUUUAUUUAAAAUUUGAAAGAAAAUUAUUGGGAAAGAAAUACCUCAUUUAUUAUUUAAAAACCUUACAUUAGAAUCAACUAUCAAAAAGAAAAAUUAUUAUUUAAUUUAGUGAAAGGUAAUAAAAUUGAAUAAUUUCCUGGCUAUGAUAAUUAUUAUUGUGAAGGGUGUAAUAUAAGAAAAUUAUUAAGAAUUUAUUAAUUAGAUUAAAAUAUUUCAGUAGAAGAUUAUUUACUUAAAGAAGAAAUUCACCUCUCUGAAAAACUAUAAAUCACAUAUAAAAAACGAAAAUAUUUAUUAAAAUUAUGUAAUGUGGAUAUUCAAUAAAUUUAAUAUUUAUUAAUUCUAGAUGAGGUCAAUACUUAAUCUCAAUAAGCAGAAGAUAGAGAAAUACAAUAAUCAAAUUUUAUUAAAUUUCUAAGAUCUAAUAAAAAAUAUAUCCAUUAAAAUUUUUUUAAUUGGGGAGCCCUAUCUCUUCUAUUUUUAAACAAAAGAAUUAUUAAGAAAAUAGAAUUACAUAAAUUAAUAAACAAAAUCAAUAAGGUCUUUAAAAUUCAUAUAUUUAAUAAAAUUUCAAUUGAAAUAAAAUCCUAAGACUAAAAUACAUCAAUUUUUACAUUUUAUUAUUAAGCAAAUAUAUUUAUAAUGCAACUUUUUGAAAUUGUUUCAACACUACAACGAAUAAAUCACUCAUAAGUACAAAUGAUUCUGUUAAGAAAAGGAUGUGAUAUAAUAAUUAAAAUUACUAACAUCGACCUCCAAAAAUUUGAAUAAUAAUUUGACUAAAAUUUCUUUUUAAAAAAUCUAAAAAGUUUGUUGCUCCACCAAGUUUAAAUUUAAGAAGAUAUUUAAUUACAUUUUCGAAAUUAUCCAAUAAAAUCCUAUGUAUUUAGUCCUUGA